GCAUCAUCAUCUUAUCUUGUUCUUGUUGCAACCCUUUCCUCACUCCUCACUCUUCACUCCAAAACUUUACUUCCUUAGUCACUGAUACAUAGCAAAGUAUUUAGACAUAGACAUAGACAUGCAUUCUUUAACAUGCAUAACAAUUUCUUCUUCUUCUUCUUACACCUUUCUAAAGCCAUACCAUAACCCUCUAUUGGCUCCUACUUCAAGGCCUAAUCUUCUAACUUUGAAAAAGAAACCAUGCUUUUCUACCAAAGCUCUAUUAUCAUCUACCAAAGAAUCUGUGUUGAAGGACUUCCAUGAACGUAGAGCUCUCAAGAUUAUCUCAGGCCUGCAUAAUUUUGAUAAGGACAAUGUUGCUUCAGUUGUGACAGCUGCAGAGAAGGGUGGAGCAACUCAUGUGGAUAUAGCGUGCGACCCGGAGUUGGUGAAACUGGCUAUCAGCUUAACUUCUUGUCCGGUUUGUGUUUCAUCUGUAGACCCUGCAUCAUUUCCGGCUGCAGUCGAAGCAGGAGCACUAAUGGUCGAGAUUGGAAAUUAUGAUUCAUUCUAUGAGAAGGGAGUGGUUUUUACUCCGCAGCAGAUUCUAGGUCUAACAAAGGAGACAAGGAGGAUACUUCCAUCAGUAACAUUGUCCGUCACCGUGCCUCACACACUAAGCCUCCCUGAUCAGGUCAAGCUUGCAGAGUUACUAGAACAAGAAGGUGUAGACAUUAUUCAAACCGAGGGAGGAAAAUACUCAAAUCCUACAAAGUCUGGUGUUUUAGGCUUGAUUGAGAAGGCAACACCAACUUUGGCAGCAGCAUAUUCUAUAUCAAGAGCUGUUAAGAUCCCUGUCAUGUGCUCAUCUGGCUUAAGUGCUGUUACAGCGCCUAUGGCUAUCACAGCCGGGGCAGCUGGUGUGGGUAUAGGUUCUGCAGUUAACAGGCUAAAUGAUGUGGUUGCUAUGAUUGCUGAGGUUAAAAGCAUUGCGACUUCAUUGGAGACAUCAUCUCUGAUGCAUGCUACACACGGAGUGGAAACUCGUAGACAGUAGUUCAGUUCUAUCCAUUGGGUUGUGUCACAAGAAAUAGGUUAGAAGUGAAGGAUACCAGUGAAUAAAACAUGAAGAAAAUUUGGAAACCUUACUUCAACAUAGGGUUAAAGAAGUGUGAGGAUCCAUCUUUCUUCUUCCUUUCUAUUUCAGAGCUAUGGUAUUCUGAUGUUUCUACAGAGGAAAGUAUAACUUUGCCCUGCA